UGUGUUUCAUUGCUGAGAAGUAAACGUACGAGACAGGGGUUCUCUCUCUCUCUCUUCCCCCCCCUGUUAUUAUUAUUAUUAUUCCCCACUCUCAGAUCACCUUGGAGUGUGCAUGGAAUGGACUCCACUAGUUCUCCCAGCAACUUGGACGGACUCUGCGAGACUCCUUUUUAACUCUUUUCCUACCAACACCCCCCCAUCUCAAGUCAGCAUGAUGGCUGAAAAUGAGGCCGAAUCACCCGGAGAAGUAAAUACAUUAUUAUUAUUAUAGCCAAAAUUGGCUUUUUUUUUCGGAAUAGUUCUCCCAUCCGAAAGGACUAUUUCUUUCCCCAACUUCCCCCUUGUGGAUAAUGGAUGGCAGAGACUUUGGAGCUUCCCGAUCCGUCCACGUACCACCUCCGUUGUUGGCGGGACUCGCCGUGGAGCCUCACCGACUCGGGGCUGCAGCAGCAGCCGGGAGGAUCCCUCCUUCAUCCGGCCACUUGGCCGCAACCCACCCGCCACCUCUCCACUCUGGAAAAUUCUUACCAUCGGCCAUUAACCUGCAUUCACACCACGGUGAUGCCUUCCCGACGGGAUCCAAUCCCUUCAUGGCGGGUUAUCCGAGCCCCUCCCCCUUGACCUCUGAGCCUGCGUACAGAUCAGCCAAUCCGAGCGGUUUGCAAAUGGCGCCGCUCUGGGCAUCGCACGCUCACGAAGGCUACCCUCUUCACGGCAGCCUGUACGCCAACCCCUACCUGUCAUUGGGACACUUGGACCCUCCCUCGAUUUCCCAAAACCACCUCUACGACUCCCAUAAAGAGAGCUUUUUCCUGCCAGCUGCUAUUAGUCAGUCAUCCCUCCACCCUCCAUCUGCUCCCCCGAGGACACUAUCCAGUUCCACGCCGCCCCAAAAGGCAUCACGAGACGGAGGCAGAGACCGGUCCUACCGGGUAGAGAGGGACAGAGACAGAGAGCGGUCCAGAGAGGAGCUGCGACCGCAUAGCGUGGUGGACCUCACGGUUGAUGGCAGGAGUGAGGACGACCGCCGGGCCCGAGGUGGGGAGCGAGAGAGGGAGAGAGAGAGGGAAAGGGACACGGAGAGAGAUGCUUGGCAUCCUCACCACCAUCAACAGAAAUCCCACUCUCAACCCUCUAUAGUGGAGCCCAGGUCCAGGCCAUCACCUACGCUGUCCUCCUUCCCUCCAGGCGGGGGCGGAGGCACACCCCGACUCCUUGGACAAGAAUCGGACAGAGGGGGCCGGGAGGCGGAGUUCGCCUCGAGAGCCCACCAUCUCUCGCAUAACGGAAACUCUAAUAACUCAAACUUGCUGACAGCCGCUCACUCGGAGCGACAAAGGAGGAACGACUCGGCGUCAGCGGGGACGCUGCCCUUCUCUUACACACUUCCCCCCGCACUACAGCCCUCCAUUACUGCUUUGCCCCACCCCCACACACCCAGAGAGUCUAUAAGAGAGCAAAGAGUCAGCGCGCCGACAUAUGUGCCUUCUGUGGAGGUUUAUGAUGAGCGGGUCGGGCCCAUUCAAAUCGCUUCGCAGGCCCGCGACAACAAGCACGGUGACAAACAUCGAGAUCGAGAGCGAGAGAGUGACAAAGAGCUCGAAAGGGAAAGCUACAGAUUUUCCGAGAGGAGCUCGAUUGAACAUCCUCGGCUGUCCCAGUCUGGCGAUUCAAGCAAUCAUCGAGAGGAAGGUUCUGUGAUCUGUUCCAACGGUUCCGUCGGCAAACGAGGCCAGGACUCCUCUCACUCGUCCAAUCAAUCAAGGUUUAGCCCAGAGGCUCGGGACAUGUCCAAGCACUCGAGUCGUCUGGGCUUUGAGCGGACUGGAGGAGAGCGAAAUUGGAAUUCCAUCAGUCCGUUGGCCAACUAUGCUACCAGUCACAUGGCGGCUCUCGCCGCCCAACACGGACACACGCUCAAUUCCCCACACAGCCAGACAACACACGCACAAGUUUCCCAUUCCCCGCACACAAGCAACCGGUCCGCCAGUAACUCUCACGCACACAGACAUUCCCCACAAACACACCCCGCCGAACACGGACAGAGCCGCACGGGCGAGGAAGGAACCCAGAGACUCUACCUGGACCCGUCAGGCCUCUACCGACCUGGUGGGGGGGAGCGAGCAAGCGGGGCGACUUCUAGCCCCGCAGAGGUCUCAGCCAUGCAGAGUCUCAUUAAAUACAGCGGGAAUUUUGCCGCCGAGGGCCCCGCCUCCUCUUCCUCAUCGAGACACACCGCAGACACACGAGGGCCCUUUGGAGGUUUGGCCAGCAUCGGGAUGGAGGAACGCGAAAGAGAACGAGAGAGGUCAGCCAUAGUGUCAAGCGGUACCGGGUCUUUGAGGGUGCCACCGCAGCUGAAAAGAGAGCAGGAGCGCCCCGACAGCGCCCGCUCCUUUGGUAGGGAGGCGGAGGGAGAGGUGCGCCACCCUCCGGUUGGCAUCGCUGUCGCCGUAGCGCGGCAGAGAGACAGCAGCAGCAGUAAACAGACCAGCGGAUCCUCGGACCCUCAGAGGCCCCUGAUGCCGACGGCUAUUAAAGAUGAAGAACGAAGUGAAGAACGUGUUCGUCAUCACGAGGACAGGAUUCUCGGAGGCAGAUUGGAACGUGACGAUAAAGUGAUCAGAGACCCCAAAGAUCUGCCAGACUUCGCCCAGUUGCACCCUCCCCUGCUGUCUAGCGGCUUGACGCCCAGUAUGAUGACAACCAGCCUCAUGACUCCCAACCUUAUGGUGACCGGCGGGACGGGGCGAUGGCAUCCCGACCCUUCGACUCUGACCUCUCACCCCUGGCUGCCGCGCCCUGGAGCCCCUCCAGUGUGGCUCUCCGGCUCACCAUACAGCUUGAGCUCUUCCUCCCUUCACCAGACGCUUCCCCCAGGCUACCCACCAUCCCUGGGAGGCUCCAUACCUCCUCCCUACCAGUUUGUCAGGGAUUCGCAAACUGGAAAGCUUAUAGUCAUCCCAACAGAACAUCUGCCACACUAUGGAGGUGAUGCGCUGGAGCGUGGGGCCCCUGUGUGGCCCGGGGUGUAUGGCGCAGGUACCUCCUUGCAGCACGCAGCCCAGCUCCAGCUUCUCUCCCAGCAGCAGAUGCUCCGGCAACAGGAACUGCUCAUGAUCCAGCAGCACACGGCACAGGUUCUGGAGCUGCAAAGGAAUGCACAGCUAGUCGAGCAUUUAAAGGCCACUGAGCAUCGUCCAGACACGGACGACAAACCAGACAAGAGGAACUCUGACUCCAAACACCGCCCAUCGUCUCGGCCCUCGCCGUCUCGCUCACCCGUCCCGCAGCCUCGCAAAACUCGCCCUCCAUCUCGCUCGCCGACGCCCUCCACGUCCUCCGUUACACCGCUGCUGCCCUCGCCCGUGACCAACCUCAAGUCGGAGGAAGGGAGGCAGAGAGUAUUAUCGACUCACCCGCCUGCACCCGUGUCUCACGCACCAUCCCCGCGGUCGGCCUCGCCGCAUCCGGCCUCACCGCGGCGGCCAAAACAUGCAGAGUCUGCCGAGGACGGGCAGGCGGAAAGGCGGGAACGCAGAGAUGGACAUAAGGCGGCUUUUCAAGGCAUCUACUCAGACCUCCCACCAGGUUACCCUUACCAGUCCAUCACUGCUCCCUUCGGCGCACCGUUCCCUGCAUAUCACACCACAGCAAACACUGAAGUGCUCCCCCACCGCCAUGCUCAUUCUCUGGAUUUGAGCACCUCCCUGCCGUCGAGCCACCUCCAUUCAAGGCUCUUAGACGCAGACAUCAAACCACAAAAGCUAACGACCAAGAACGAGUCAUUCCUGAAGCAGGAGCAUGUUGUCGAGAAGCAUCAAGCGGACUUAACAGAACCGCUGCGUCCUCGACUGCGCACCUGUAGCCCGGUUGGAGCCCGGCAAGAUCGGGGCUGCGAAGGGGACUCGUUGAAGCUUCAACUGAUACCCGGUCCUCCGCUUCGACACAACAAACGACCGGAUGACGUCAGAACAGAAGAAAAAGAAGGACAAAUCAAAACAGAAGCGCUGCCGUAUUUAUGCCAGGAAGCGUAUUCUUCUCCACUCAUCGGAGCUGAGCCCGAAGCAGUGGCGCACAAGCAUCUAGAUGGAAUACCAUACCCAUCAUGCAUCACGGCCGAUCUGGACCGCCAAGAACCCGCCAAGCCAAGCACAAGUGCCGUGCUUGAAUCCCAACAAUCAGCCGCUCCAAAGAUCUCGCAAUGUCCUCCAAAUCAAAAGGAGAAUAUCACAGAAACCCUUGACACGUCCGGCUCCCCACUCCCACUGGUGCUUGCUUGUGAAGAUCCAAUGGCAGGCAUGCUUGCCCUGCUCACGGCCAGUGAGAUGGCUCAGGAAAACCUCAUCCCGAGGACGGAAAUCUCUGCCGACUGUAGCGCUGCCGCUUCUCUGGAGAUGGUGGCGCUAGAGGGCAUGGCAUUGCUCAGCCAAAUGGCUCAGAAGGAGAUGGAGAACAUCAGCAAGGAGCAGGAUACGGCAAUCGAGGGUCUGGACUAUCUUCUCGAGGCGAGCAGACAAAUUCUCCUGGAAGCCAUAGAGAAACAAUCCCACAUUGAUCUGCCCCGAACUCUGGAUCCCAACAAGAAGUACAGCUGGAGGCAAAGGAAGGAGGAACCGCUUUACAGCAAAAUGUCUUUGGACGUGUUGGACGCCGUGGAGGUGGAAUACCGCUUCCGCUUGGCUGAGCUGCAGAAAACGUACAAGGAGAAGCAGCGUGAGAUGAGCAAGCUGCAGAGACGCAGAGACAAGCAUGAGCGGCAGGAGGAUGAGAGGCGGAGUCUAACCAGGCGAGGCAGAGGGCGACCCAGGAAGAGAAAACACUUGGCCACACCCCCCAAACUGGACACCAGACCCGGAAAAGUGGGUAGAACAGUGCAAUACUCGGAGGACUCCGAAACCGGCGAAGGACACAGAAAGAAAUUUCGGGUGUCCAGAGAAGACGAGGAAACGGAGACGGGAAGUUCAGGUUUGAAGGUGAAAAAGAAGAAAAAGAAGAAGAGCUGGAGCGACCAGGAUCCAUCCGGCGUCCACGCUCUGGAGGGUCUGAAGCUGAAACGCGGCCGUGUCUGCGAGCAGGAGCAGCUGGCCUCGGACCUCAACAGAGCGCUCUCGCUCUCGCAGCUCGACUCUCUCGCCACGUCCCGCAAACUUCCUUCCAGCUACAAAGGGGAGCGACCCAGGGGCAAGUCCGCCGACAUUCAGGCCAAGGAGCGACCGGUCCACUCAUUGUCAUCCAAAGGCAAACACAAGGCGGCCAUGAAGGCCUCGGAGGCCAUACGGAAGGUGAAAGGUCACAAGAAGAGCGCUUUGUUCUCCCCUGUGAGAUCAGAGAUCAGCAGCUGCUCUAACAACUCUGACUCAGAGGGUCACAAUUCCGCAAGAGGGGGCUGGCCCUCUCUGUCAGGGCCGCGUUCCCACGGCAACCUGACCCGAAAAAGACGCGCUGCCUUGUCGCCGACUUCCGUGCUGUCCAGUGCCAAGACCCAGAAGAAGAAGAAGAAGAAGCAAAAGAAACACAAGCACUUAUCCCUGCUCCUGGAAGAAGCGGGCCUCAGCUCGUCGGACGACUCGUUCGAUCAAGAAACAUCAGAUGAUGACUACGAUGAUAACGAGGAGUCCGAUUCGGAAGACGGUGGCUGCGAGGAGAGCGGCCUGGGUCUGUUGGCCAGGUUUGCGGCGAGCGCGCUCCCCGUCAGCUCCGCCCCUUUGACGCUUCUCCCUGAUGGGAAACAUCGCAGCCGGCAAAGCACUCUGGGUUCGUCCGAGUGCGAGUGGUCCGACUCCGGCUCCGACUUGCGCCUGAGAAAGUUCCCCUCUCUGCUUCACGGCAAACGCUCUGCGCCAGAACUCCCCCUGUUGCCCCCGGCAACCCGCCGCAUUGACCAGACCAGCCCGACCAAGCGUGACGACGCGUUGCCUGUCAAGCGCAAGCAUCUUCCCGCCAAGCCGCGUCCCACGCCCCAGUCGCCGCGCCGCUUCAGCUUCGACUUGGCGACGGCUUCCGGCUUCGGGGGCUUCAGCGAGGACGAAGCCUGGAACCGGCGACGCAGCGAGAGGAUCUUUCUCCACGACGCCACCGCCUCGUUGAACUCUGCUUCCGCCAGUCAGAACUCAGCCCCGCCUCUCCCCUCCAAGCCCGCCUCCAGACCUAAGCAGUCUCUUCCCAGCAGAGAGGGGAAAGAUGCAGUGAAACAGAAAAAGAAGAAAGAGAAAGAGUCCUCCUCAUCCUCCUCUCUGCCCGUGAGCCCGGCCUCUUUAGGCAGUCCAAUGAGAGACGGCGCCGUGGCUCUGAGCCUCAGCCCGGCGCGGAAGAGCCAACCAAAAGCCAAGACCAAAGCCCGGGAGCCGUCCAGGGGCGCCGUGAGCCGACUGAUGGAGAGCAUGGCUGCAGACGAAGACUUUGAGCCCAACCAAGACAGCAGCUUCAGCGAAGACGAGCUCCUCCCGCAGCGCGCUAACGGCGUGUCGGAGAGGUCCUCCACGCCUGCUCCAGUGCAGUGUGUGUUGGACAAGGACUCCCUGGUGGAUGGACUCAGGGUUCUGAUCCCAAUGGACGACCAACUUCUAUACGCAGGACAUGUCAACACUGUGCACUCACCUGAUAUAUACAGCGUGGUGGUGGAGGGCGAGAGAGGGAACAGGCCGCACAUCUACUGCUUGGAGCAACUGCUGCAGGAGGCUAUCAUCGACGUGAAGCCUCCGUCGGUGCGCUAUCUCCCCGAGGGCACCCGCAUCGCUGCCUACUGGAGUCAGCAGUACCGCUGCCUUUAUCCUGGCACGGUUGUCAACGGAAGUUCGGACAUGGACGAGAACGACGAUCUCAUCACAGUGGAGUUUGACGAUGGCGACACAGGCCGCAUCCCGCUCUCGCACAUCCGACUUCUGCCUCCGGAUUACAAGAUCCACUGCGCCGAGCCUUCCCCUGCACUGCUGGUGGCCAGCUGCUCCAGGAGGAGAGUCCGUAAAUGCAGCAAGGAGGGCAAAGAGGCCGGACCAAAGACGGAUGAAAGCGCUCCAAAGGUGAAAGGAAAACCCGGUCGCAAGCCCAAACCCAAACCAGAAACCUCCUUGAACUCUGAUGACAAAGACAAAACCGAGUCUCCGUCCUCCACUCAGCCUCCUGACAAAGCCCAGGAUGCAACUAAGUCAGCACAGGAAAGGACCUCGUCUGUCCAGAAAACCGCUCAGGAGAAACCCCGGCCAGCUUCAAGGCCCGCGGUGGUCACCCAAACAAAACCGGUACACAAGACUUCUAUCACGUCCCCUUCAAGUAGCCCUACCAUCGCUACUCCAGUACCCAGAAAGCCGAGCUCGACCCCCGCUGCUAAACCUCAAGCUAAGCUGUCCUCUUCUAUCUAUCCGUCCACUUACGGGAAAGUCCUGACUGUGGAUCUGUACAGCGAGCCCAAUUUAACGUCGUACAAUGGCCAGCGUAGAGACCGGGACAACAUCAGACCCAUGUCCAGACCCAGUAUGAUUCCAUCAUCCACUACACCAAAGCCAGCUGGCUCCUCAACGCCAAGACCGGUUGCUACUCCAGCAUCUAAAACCAAACCAGACCAUCACAGCAUCCCCAGACCCAUCAGUUCUGUUCUCCUCCCAGUUUCGAGGCUUCCAGCAGGCAAACCCGGCUCUUCUUUGACCCCUCGACCUUCAUCAGCAUCGUCAAGUCCAUCUGGACACAAGCUGAAGCUUCCCUCUGACGGUUUAUCAUCCAGAUCCGGCUCCAUCUCCAGGCUCAAGCCCGCCCCCAGGCAGAGUGACGCGGUAGUGAAACGGAAACCAACGCCCGCCGAGCCCCUCGUGAAGCUCGACCACGAAGGUGUCACGUCGCCGAAAACCAAGAAGACCAAGGCUCUGAUGUUGCUGGAAAACCGCGGCGUCCGACGCGAUCACAGCCCCGUCACCGCCGCCGAUCAGAAGCUGCUCAAAUCCAAACCGAGACAACCCGAGCGCGAGAAAGAGUCCAGCUACACGCCGCAGAUGUUGACUAAAGAGAGACCUGAGAGAAGUCGAGGACCGGACGCUAACGUGAAGGAGGAGAAAAAAGACGAGGAGGACAGAAGACAGGAGAGGAAGAUGAAGGAGGAGUCCCAAAGUAGCAGCAGCAGCAGCAGCUCCGAGUCCGAGGAGGAAAGCGGCAAAGGGAAGAUGAAGCAAAAGAAGAAAUGCUCCUCAAGUUGCUCUUCCUCUUCUUCAUCCUGUUCUGGAUCUUCCUCCUCCUCCUCGUCGUCGUCCUCCUCUUCCUCCUCAUCGUCCUCGUCAACAGACGACUCCUCCUGCAGCUCCGACGAAGAGAGAACGCCCACUCCUGCGCCAGGCCCCGUCUCUCCCGUGCCUACUGCAGAGGACAAAGUUAACGAGGAGGUGCAAGAAGCAGCGAAGGAGGUGAAGGAGGAGGUGGAUGUCAAAGUGGAGGAGGACGACGACGAGGAGGAGGAGUCAUCUCCUCUCUCGCAUUCCCCCUCACCCUCUCCAACUCCGACCACUCCCGUUAAGCCGACUAAACCCACCAGCGGGAAGGGCUCCGGACAAAGGGGGCGUCCCCCUAAAAACAAGCCCAGCGGAGGAGAGGGGAAGGUGGGCAGGCCGAAGCGCAGAGAGGGGGUCCAUCUCCCAACCACCAAGGAGUUGGCUAAACGACAGCGACUCCCAAGUGUGGAAAACAGACCCAAGAUUUCCGCUUUUCUCCCAGCCAGACAGUUGUGGAAGUGGUUUGGGAAACCCACUCAAAGACGAGGAAUGAAAGGCAAAGCGAAGAAGCUCUUCUACAAGGCCAUCGUGCGCGGCCGAGAGAUGAUCCGCAUCGGCGACUGCGCCGUCUUCCUGUCCGCCGGACGUCCGAACCUGCCGUUCAUCGGCCGCAUCCAAAGUAUGUGGGAGUCAUGGGGCAGCAACAUGGUGGUCAGGGUCAACUGGUUCUACCAUCCGGAGGAGACCAACCCUGGCAAGAAACUCACCGACAAGAAGAAUUGGGAACAAAUAUGCGGACAAUCCAUACCAGCUGCUCUACACUCAUCUAUACAAAGAAAAGACUUCAUGGAGCGCGCCCUCUACCAGUCGUCCCACAGCGACGAGAACGACGUGCAGACCGUCAGUCACAAAUGCCUGGUGGUGGGCGUGGAGGAGUACGAGCAGAUGACCCACACACGGCGCUACGCCGAGAGCGAGGACCUUUACUACCUGGCCGGAACCUACGAGCCCACCACUGGCAUGAUCUUCAACACGGACGGCGUCCCGGUGGUCUGCUAGGAAUCAACAAAACAUGAAACCAAAACGUGAGGCGACGAGCUGUCAAUAUCCACUUCAAUGUCUAUUAGCGAGACGAUGCUCUUAUAGGUCGUAUAUUCAUGGACUGAACAUUUGCACACACACACACACACAUAUAUAUAAUAUGUAAAUACACACCUACAGCUAACAGAAAGCUAUAUAGAGGCAAAUAUGAGUGUUUUAUUUUCAUCUUCUAGAUAUGUCCGAGUACAGCUUUAACGAAAUGUGAAUGACGACGCAGGCGGCGAGAGACCGUUGUGAUGUUCCCAUGUUGCCGUGGUGAUGAUGUUACAAGUCCUGUUUUGGGUCAUUUCAUUCGGUGUAUAUCUUUUUCGAGAACAGCAGCGGCGAUAGACGCUAAAAGAGAGGAAGCGAUGCACAGGAAGACAAAAAGAGGUCGAGACUCCCUCCAAUUUUGCUGUCCAACAGAGAGCACUUAAACAUAUACAUAUAUAUAAAUAUAUAAAUAUCUAUAUCUAUAUAUUAUAUAUACCAAUACAACACUUUAUUUGAACCCUGUCCUUCCCCAUGACAAUCCAAAGUCAGGCAGAUUCAACUGUCUCAAACUCCUUCAGACACUCAGGCUAAAAAGAGAGGAAGUCGUCUUUUUGCAGCACUUCUCCAUUGUCGUCUUUGGCUUCUUAAAGGAACAGUACACCCUUUCAAACAUACUACACAUACAUCAGUAUGUGUAUAUCGGCCAUCUUGGGGGUAAUGUAGAAUGAAAAUUGGCUUUACCGAGAAAGCUUAUGCACAGAUUUGAACUCAGAGUGGAUUCAACCCCCCCCCACCCCCCUACCCCCACUUUUUUUUUUUUUCACGUCCUGCCAUUUUUCAUCCGUCCAUUUUUGGCCCUAUGUGUAAUUUGUAUUUUUUGACAGGUGUGUGUGUGUGUGUGUGUGUGCGGGGGGUCUUAUGUGUCUUCCUAGAGUUUUUAUCACAACCCCCCCCUCAUGCUACACCCUCUUUCACUGCAAAAAAAAGUCAAUUUUUCCACGCUUUAUAUUCACCACGCUCAGCUUCCUUGUGCCUAUUUUGACUAUUUUUAGAAUUCAGAUGUUGAAUGUCACGCUGAGGGGGCCUUACUUUUAUUUUAUUUUUUGAUUUUUUAUUUUUUUUUUGCCAAAUGGUCACGCUCCUUCCACCAUCUUGGCCCCUUUGUGGCCACAAAAACUGCAAUCCAAUAUAGUGUGACUCCCACACUGAGAAUAAUCUUGUUGAUAUUCAAUAACUUUUUUAAAUAUGUGCUGCUUGCGCUAAUCUUCGAUAAAGUCACGGGUACAGUCGAGAUUCACUUCAUACGAGAAAACGUUUCGAUCACAUGCUGCUAGUUUUAUGUCGAUUAUAUAUAUAUAUUUUUUUCGGUCUGACAAGGUACAUUGAGACUAAAGCGAUUAUGACGCACACACUUUGUGGAGUGGAGGUCACACUAAAUGAACACCCGAUGAAAACCUAACAAGUGCCCGUUAUGAAUGUUUUUUCGUCUUUACACCCCCCAUUAUCUGCUGAAGCACUUUUUUUUUUUUUUUAACGCAUCUUUUGUAAGCUGUCAAGCUGUGUUAAAGCCUUCCCAUCGCUUUCCAUCCAAAGCCUUACAGGGUCCAACAUGUCCUCAUUUUAUUGCCGUUUUAUUAUUAUUAUUAUUAUUAUUAGCAACCUUGUGUUUUACUUUGCCUUGCUUUUGCUGUGAUUUUUUUUCUUAUACAUUUUUUGUAUACAUUUUUAUUUUUUUGACACCCCCCCCCCCCUCUGAACAAUCGUCCACGCCUGCUGACAGGCACUGGGAGCUAGCUGCUAGAGAGAGAGAGAGAGAGAGAGAGCAUAAGAGAGAAUGGGAGAGAGAGAGAGAGAGAGAGAGAGGUGGACUGGAGGCUGGUUCUUCGUCUGCUGUUCCUUCAGUAUCGCAAUCGUCCUGUUACAAAAAAGAUUAUUUUGAAAAUGAAUAGAAAAAAAAAAUCAUCUAAGUUUUGUAAAUGAUCACUUCACUGUCAGGUGGAGAGAGAAAAAAGCUUAUCAGAAUAUACUUUGUACACAUGUCUAAUCUUGUAAAAAAAAAAAUAAAAAAAAUGCAAAAGAUUACAUUUUAAAUCAGAAACCAGAUAUAUUCUGUUAGACUAUACCGUAUGUGUUUUUUUUUUUUUUUUUUUUUUUUUUACAGACAACAACCACGUUUACCAGUGUUUCUUUUUAAUGGU